AUUUCUACUGUUACUGUAGAGAAUGCUCAUUGUUGCAGUCCAUCCAUCUCUUUCUUUUUGUCCUGUAACUUAGAAUACAGGAAGUAAGCAGUUAUAAAAAUAACUUUGGAACUUCCACUAUUUCUCGGUAAAGCAUUAUUAGUGCUUGCUAUUGUGAUUUCUCAUCAAUUGUGACCAAGAUCUUAAGCAAGUACAGAGAGAACUGUUGACUGGACAAAAUGAGAAUACAGGUCAUCUUUGGAAUCCUGCUGAUUUUCACACAAGCUGCCAUGGGUUUGCUGUUUCAGGAUCCUGUUGUCUGUAGAUUUAGUGAGAGUAGUCAGUGUUAUGUAGCUCUGGGACAACGACUGCACCUGCAAAUGCCCCUGGAGGAUGGGUUUGAACUAAAGAUCACAGACAAGACAUCUACCACUCGUUUAAUUUUAAGAUAUAGAAAAACCCAAAGUAACCCACCAAAACCAAAUCACCCAAGAUGGCAGUUUGUUAAAGAUAAUAAAACCAUGAUACUAACCAGUGCAGAGAGGAGCGACUCUGGAACAUACACUUUAGACACCUUUGAUGCAAACGGGAAUAAUAAAGGCAGUUAUACUCUGCAGCUGACCACUGAAGGUUUGCUGUUUCAGGAUCCUGUUGUCUGUAGAUUUAAUGAGAGUAGACAGUGUUAUGUAGCUCUGGGAGAACGACUGCACCUGCAAAUGCCCUUGGAGGAUGGGUUUGAACUAAAGAUCACAGACAAGACAUCUACCGAUCGUUUCAUUUUAAAAUAUAGAAAAACCCAAAGUAACCCACCAAAACCAAGUCACCCAAGAUGGCAGUUUGUUAAAGAUUAUAAAACUAUGAUACUAACCAGUGCAGAGAGGAACGACUCUGGAACAUACACUUUGGACACCUUUGAUGCAAACGGGAAUAAUAAAGGCAUUUAUAGUCUCCAGCUGAACAUUGAAGCCAUGGUGUCCUCAGUGAAGGUGUGGUACAGUUGUUUGUGUGCUGAGGUCAGGAAAGCACACUGUUCUGCUGAUGGAGACAACCUCCGCUUCAUCUGGACUGCUGAUUUAAGCACUCUUACACAGCUGGGAACCGCGCACAGCACUUUCCUGUUGGAUAAAAACCAUCAAGGAAACAUUACCUGCAAUAUAGAAAAUCACGUCAGCCAUGACCGCAAGACCAUUGAACUCCACCCAUGUUCCGAUCCGGAAGCUGUGUAAACCUGGAUUAGGAACAGAAGAAGCAGUCCGUGCUUGCUGUCCUCCAUGCCAUUAAUUCAUCCACCCUGAACCACCAGAAAAAUAUAACCAUCUGUUACAGAUGGGUAACAGAGAAAACUAAUUAAAUUCCUCAAUCCACAUCAACUUUUCAAAGAGCAAACUAGCCUCAUGAUUGCUGCAGAUUUCUUGAUGCUAAUUUUUUGAUUUUUUAAUUCAAGUGCUAAUUUUUUGAUUUAAAAAAAAAAAAAAAAAAUUCUUUUAAAUAUUCUAAAAUGCUGCAAUGCAUAAAUGCUGCUGUUAUGAUCAUGCUUUUGUAGAAAUCAUUAUUGUAGACUUUUCUAUAAGUAUAAAUCUACGUUUAAGUGUCUGUUUGAAGGUUGAAAAUAUCUGAUCUGAGUUGUUGCUUUUUAUUCCUUAUUCCAUAUUUUAUUCCUAUAAGGAACAUUAUCCAGUUCUUUUUUAUGCAUAACUCUUAAUAUUAAUUAAGUUAAUAAUAUACUUAAUUUAUACUGGAUUUAAUAUAAUUAAAUCAGUCCACUCAAGACAUUAUGUGAUUAGAAACCAGCGUCUAAAGCUUACCAUGUACAGGGGAAUGUACAAAGAAUGUUCAAAAGCAUUAUAAAGCAAUAAAGAGCAAAUGGUGUCA